AAAGUAUCUAGCUGAGGACACUCGCCAGAAGCACAGGCGUAAUGCCCAGGCACCAAAAACUUGUGGCCUCUGAAAAUGAUGUACAAAUUGAAGUAGGCGAAAAUGCAGGAGAAAAUGAUGACUCUGAGGGUGAGGAAAAUAAUCCUCCAAAACGUCGAGAAAAAAAUUGGAGAGUACCAGAUAUGAAGCCUUGGUUGGCAGAGACUGAUGAUGAGAACAGAAAUGCCACAGAUGAAGAGACAAAUGAAGAUGGGGAAAGCCCUACUUCUGACAAGAGAGGGAGAAAGGGAAGGAAAGGACCUCGAGCAGCUAAAGGAAAGGAAAAUGCCAAGAAGAAGGACAAGAAGAAAAAGGACGGUGAUGGGUCUGACUCUGAAGAAGAUGCCAUAACAGAAGAGGAAUUAGACAAAUUAAAGGAAGCAGUAGAGGAAAAAAAGAAAUUGAUUGCAACUAUAAGGAACAAACCUUGGAAGAUGAAACAAAAGUUGGAAGUCCUAAAGGAUGCUCAGGAAUUUGUGGAAAAAUUUGAAGGAGCGCUUGGCAAAGGAAAGGGGAAAAAGCUGUAUGCAUACAAAGUCAUGAUGCUUAAAAAAUGGAUGAAAUUUCAGAGAGAUUUUGAUAAUUUCAAAACUGCCUGUAUACCAUGGGAAAUGAAAAUUAAAGAAAUUGAAAGUCACUUUGGCUCUUCAGUUGCCUCUUAUUUUAUUUUUCUACGCUGGAUGUAUGGAAUAAAUAUGAUACUCUUUGGACUGACGUUUGGCCUAGUCAUGGUGCCCGAGGCAUUAAUGGGAAAGCCAUAUGGUUCAAUUCCAAGGAAAACAGUUCCACGAGGCGAACAAGCCAAUGCUAUGAAUUUUGCCACACUGUGGGACUUUAGUGGAUUUGCACAAUAUUCUGUCCUCUUCUAUGGUUAUUACAACAGUCAAAGGACCAUUGGAUGGCUCCAGUUUAGGCUACCUCUUUCUUAUUUGCUAGUUGGAAUUGGCACCAUUGCAUACAGCUUCAUGGUUGUCAUUAGAACAAUGGCUAAGAAUGCUAAUGAAGAUGGUGGAGGAGAUGAUAACAGCUUUAAUUUUAGCUGGAAAAUGUAUACAAGUUGGGAUUUUCUCAUUGGAAACCCAGAAACAGCUGACAAUAAAUUUGCAUCUAUAACAACUAGUUUCAAAGAAUCAAUUUUAGAAGAACAAGAAAACAGAAAGGAAGAAAAUAUUCACUUAGUCAGAUUUCUCAGAGUUCUUGCAAACUUCCUAGUAAUGUGCACUCUGGCGGGCAGUGGUUAUCUUAUUUAUUUUGUUGUACGCAGGUCCCAGCAAUUUGCUUUGGAAGGUUUGGAAAACCAUGGCUGGUGGGAGCGGAAUGAAGUGAAUACGGUCAUGUCUCUUUUAGGAAUGUUUUGCCCAACAAUGUUUGAUGUGGUUAGUGGGCUGGAAAACUACCAUCCUCGCAUAGCAUUAAGAUGGCAACUUGGCCGCAUAUUUGCUCUUUUUCUGGGUAACUUGUACACUUUCCUAAUUGCUCUCAUGGAUGAAAUUAAUCUUAAGCGUCAAGAAGAGAAGAUUGUGCAGCAUAAUAUGACAGCGUGGUACGCCAAUAUUUAUAAUGCAUCCUUUGUAGAAAAUUCUACAGGACCUCCUUUUCAAGUUGAUCCAUCCGAUGUCCCUAGGGGACCUUGCUGGGAGACAAUGGUGGGCCAGGAAUUUGUUCGGCUUACUGUAAAUGAUAUCAUGACAACAUAUAUCACUAUACUAACUGGUGACUUCUUACAAGCAGUUUUUGUACGCUUUUUUAAUUACUGUUGGUGCUGGGAUCUGGAGUAUGGAUGGCCUUCAUAUUGUGAAUUUGAUAUAAGUGGUAAUGUGCUGGGGUUGAUUUUCAAUCAAGGUAUGAUCUGGAUGGGAUCAUUUUAUGCUCCAUGCCUUCCAGCCAUUAAUGUGUUCCGUCUACAUACAUCCAUGUACUUACAAUGCUGGGCAGUAAUGUGCUGCAAUGUUCCCCAUGCACGAGUGUUUAAAGCCUCCAGGUCCAACAAUUUCUACAUGGCCAUGCUGCUCUUCAUUCUUUUCUUGGCCAUGUUGCCAGUGAUAUAUACCAUCGUCUCCAUCCCUCCAUCUUUUGAUUGUGGACCUUUUAGUGGAAAACAGAGAAUGUUUGAAGUUAUACAGGAGACCCUACAGAAUGACUUCCCUGCAUGGUUUGCAAAAGUGUUCAGCUUCGCCUCAAACCCAGGACUUAUUUUACCUUUCAUCCUGCUUAUGGUGAUGAGUAUCUAUUACCUUAACGCUACAUCUAAGGGAUAUCAAGCAGCAAUUCUGGAACUAAAGAAAAAACUGCAAAGCCAAGCUGAGGAAAAUAAGAAGAGAAGUAAGAAAGCAGCAGAAAAGGCAGCAGAGUCACAAGAGAAUGCAGCAGCACAAGCUAAAGAUAAUCCCCCUGGAGGACGACCCAAUAGGAAUGAAGCAGCUGGAGGUAAAGGAAAGAAUCUUGAAGUUCCUCCUCGUAUUGCUGUGACUAAACCACCAGCAACUAGAGGACCACCUGUUCCUUCUUAAAGACGACAAUUUGAACAAGAAGGCUAGCAAUGUACAAACAGUGCAAAAAUAAUGACCAAAAAUAAAACUCUGACAGCUUCAACAAGUCAAAAAUGUUAUGUUUAACAAAAUCUUAUUAUUGCUAUAUUGAUCAUUGAAUAUUUAGAAUUCUGGUUGGAUUAAUAAUUGUAAAACAAGCAAUAUUUCCUGUGUUGUUUAUGGCAUUUAUAUUAUAGUUUACCAAUAGUAUUUAUGUGACUAAUGGCCCCUAUACAUCAACAAUUUAUUGCUGCAAUGUCCCAUUCAACCAGGCCGUGGAAUCGGGAAUAUUAAACAUGGUUAAAAAACCCGAUUCCCCAAUUCAGGCCAAAAAUGGUUGGGAUCAGCAAAUCAGGCAUUUUUAACAUGUUUAAUUUUCCCAGUUCCCCAAUGGAUCACCAAUCAUUGCUGGUCACCGAUGGGCGGAUCUGGUCAGUGGAUCGGUGGUACUAACGGGUCAGGCAAUUUGGGAACUGUAGCCGCUGAUAUAUGGGGGCCUUAAGUCAUAUCUUAAAUAAAUAAUUAAAUACUUUUCUAGGUUUAUAAUAAACAAGAGCCAAAGUUUCCCAGAACAAAAGUCAGGCACGUAUAGUACAUACUGAAAAUCAAACCAUUUAUCAUUAGCUUCUGUGCUCACAUCAGUUAUCAAUCUUUUCCUGACUGAAGAAAUGGCUUUAAAAAUC